UCAAUAUCACCAAACACACACAAACAUAGUACCUAACACGCACAACAAUGUUGAAUCAAAAGAUAUUCUUACAAGACGAUUCGCUCUUCAACUACGCACUCCUCACUCUCUUCCUCAUAGCACCACCAACCUUCAUCUCUCUCGCAUUCCUCCAAGCUCCAUAUGGCAAACACCACAGACCAGGUUGGGGUCCAAAUCUCUCUCCACCUCUCGCAUGGUUUCUCAUGGAAAGUCCCACACUUUGGUUCACCCUUUAUCUCUUCCCAUUCGGUAACAACUCUUCAAACCCUAAAUCAAUUAUCCUCAUCACCCCCUUUCUAAUUCAUUACUUCAACCGCACAAUCAUCUACCCAGUUCGUUUGUUCAUCACAAUGAAAACGAAAAAGAAGUCAACUUUAUCGAAAACCCCAUCUGGGUUUCCUUUUAGUAUAGCCCUUAUGGCUUUUGUGUUCAAUUUGUUGAAUUCUUAUGUUCAAGCUAGAUGGGUCUCUCACUACAAGAGCUAUGAUGAUGGGUUGUUUUUUUGGGUUGUGUUCUUUUGUGGGGUUUUGGUGUUUUCUGGUGGGAUGGGGAUUAAUGUUUGGUCUGAUAAGGAACUGUUGAGGCUUAAAGGGGAAGGGAAAGGGUAUGUGGUUCCUAAAGGAGGGUUUUUUGAGUUUGUAAGUUGUCCUAAUUACUUUGGGGAGAUUGUGGAGUGGUUUGGUUGGGCUUUGAUGACUUGGUCUUGGGCUGGCCUGGGCUUUUUUGCUUACACUUUUGCUAACUUGGGGCCUAGAGCACGUGCUAAUCAUCAGUGGUAUUUGGAGAAAUUUGGAGAGGAUUAUCCAAAGAAAAGGAAAGCUGUUAUUCCUUACUUGUAUUGAUUGUUCUGAGCUGUUGUAAUUUGGGGUGUGUUGCAUUAUUGUAUAGGUGUUGAAGAGCAGAAAAUAAUGAGAAAAUGUUGCUGAAUUAAAGCAGGAAAGUUUGUUUCUCUUGGACUGGUAUUUGUUCUAAUGGAUUAUCUUUUCUUAGAUGUAAGUUUGUUUUUUAUAUCAUUAUUCAACAUGGUUAUUUAGUGCCAACAAUUUUAGGACACCAUUAGGUAGUUUGAGUAUUUUGAGUAUUUUGAGUAUUUUGUUCUUGGGGAACGCUUUUGAGUAUUUUGUUCUUGGUGUUUUCGGUUUUCUUCAGUUGGUGGUUUUUGUUCUUUGUUCCUUUAUCUGGGUAUGGAUGUGCUUGGUACAGUCAUUUCUUUGUUGAGAAGAAUGUUCCUGCUACUUUUGGAAACCCCUUUUGGUCAUUUGUUUGUGAUUACAAAAUGUUUGGGUUGAUGAUUACGGGAAAAAUGGAUAGAGAGAUCAAGAGGCUUGGGAAAAGACCUGUGUUGCAAGUGUUUUGAUUUGUGUGUGUUUGCUUGAUCCUUUUUGUUUGAGGAAGGCUUGAAAUGCAGAUGGAUUCAUAUGUGGCUGUGCAAUGAGAACGAUGGUGUUGUAUAGUGUUCAAAAUUUUAUAGUAUGAUAUGAAUCAUAACACCACUUGAAAUUGUAACAAAAGAGUAAUCUUUUUAUGGUGUGUUCUGUCUAAUGCAAUACAUAGCUUACCCUU